CCUACGUCUUUGGAGUGUAGGAGGAAACCAAAGCUCUUGAAGAAAACCCGCGCAGGUCACGGGGAGAACGAACAAACUCCACACAGACAGCACCCGCAAUCGGGAUCGAACCCGGAUCUCCGGCGUUGCAUUUACUGUAAACCAGCACCUGCAGUUCUAUGAUUCUGCAUUGAAUAUAAGAGCUGGGACAAAUGUUACAGUUGCACAAAACAUUGGUUUGCAUAUUGUGUGCUCGUCACUUUGCAGGAGUAUGUGGUAGAAAUAGAAAAGAGAUCAAAAGGGAUUAAAUAGGUCGUUGCCUGGAAUUAAGGGCUGUAUACAUCAACUGGGUGGGCUGGAUUUUUUCCCACUGGAAUUAUAGAAGUUGGGAGAUCAUGUUGCAGUUAUAUAAGACGUUGGUGAGACUACAUUUAGAGUAUUGUGUUCAGUUCCGGGCACCAUGUUAUAGGAAAGAAGUGGUCAAGUUGGACAGGGUGCAGAGACGAUUUCACAAGAAUGUGGCCAGGACUUGGGGUCUGACUAAUAGGGAGAGGAUUCACAGGCUGUGACUCUUAUUCCCUGAAGCGCAGGAGGAUGAAUAAUGAUCUAAUAGAGGUAUAAAAUCAUGCGAGGAAUAUACCAGACAGAGUAGGGGAAUCGAGAACCAGAAGGCAUCGGUUUAAGGUGAAGGGGAAAAUAUUUUAUAGGAAUCUGAGGGGUAAAUUUUUCAAACAAAGGGUGGUGGUUGUAUGGAAGGAGUGAAGGGUAUAUGGUGGGUGUAUGCAGAAGGAGGUAGUUGAGGCAAGGACUGUCUCAACAUUUAGGAAGCAAUUAGAGAAAUAAGGGCCAAGCGCAGGAAGGUGGGACGAGUGUACAAUAGAACAUGUUGAUCGGCGUGGGCAAGUUGGGCCGAGGGGGCUGUACUCACGCAGUAUGUGACCAAAGAUACAAGAGGAGCAUCUUUGGUAUGACUAUGACUCAAGGAAUGUAGAAGGUCUUAAUCGAGCGUCACGUCAAAGAUAAUUUUGAAAACGUCAACAAGAACAGUUAACAAGAAUCAGAUUUGUUCAAACCCUAGAAUAAAUAUCGAGUAAUUUAUGCAAGUAUCAGUUUCCUUUGGAUGCUCACACCGUGUGUACUUGAUCUCUCGUGUUCAACAAGGACUUGCCCAGCCGACCUUUAACCUCUGACUGUUCCAUGGAAACCAAAAUGGCUCCCGGACAACGGAGACGCGCAGCGACUUAGAAUGGCAGGUCGGCGAAACGAGCUUUAAACCGGGAACCGAUAACAGCCCGGGUCAAUAAGUCGCGUCCAAAUCGGGUGCCUGGAAGCGAGUGACAGGCCAGAAGUUAAUUUGUAUAUUGACAUGUACAAAAUGGAUCACUUCUAAAGAUGAAAAGGAUGAGCCAACCACAGAAUGGAGGAGAAGACAUUUUCAAAGAGCUGUGUGCAUGUAAUGGAUUAUCAUAUGAGAAGAUUGCGCAGGAAGGAGCACAAAUCAUUCAACUAGAAAUGUUUUUCUCGGGAUAUCCUCGAAUGGUGGGACUUCUAAACUUUCCAAAUUUAGUUGUUCUUACCUUGGUGAAGCAAGACAUCAAACGAAUUGAAGGUUUGGAAGCCUGUCCUUUGCUUUCUGAACUAUGGAUCACAGAGUCCCAUUUAGUGGACAUUGAAGGAUUAGAUAUCUGUACACAUCUUCAAAAACUCUACUUGUAUUAUAAUAGGAUAACGAAGAUACAAAAUCUGGAAAAUCUAACAAAGUUGGAGAUUCUAUGGUUGAACAACAAUAAAAUUAAAGUAAUAGAAGGGCUAAAUACGUUAACAAAUCUCAAAGAACUGAAUCUCGCUGGUAAUUUAAUUGAAAUGAUUUAUAAAUCUUUGGACUCCAAUGUUCAGCUAAAAUGGCUUAACCUGUCAGGAAACAGAAUAAACUCCUUUAAGGAACUCACUAAUUUAACAAGACUACCUGAACUUCAAGAGUUAAGUCUAAGAGAUCCACAGUAUACCGCAAAUCCGGUCUCUCUUCUUUGUAACUACACCACACAUGUUGUGUAUCACAUACCCAAACUUUUGAAACUAGAUAGUUAUGAUGUUUCUGGUAAACAAGUCAAGGAGUUUGCUGAGUCAACUGUGAUGAAAAAGACCAUGUAUUACAGCAUGCGUGUAAAAACCAUCCAUUAUCAACUUGCUGAAAUCAUAGAAAGGCUGAAGAAGCAACGGAGUUGCCUGCAGGAAAUACCUCUGGAACGACUAAAAACCAUCAACUAUGUCAUUAAAAAUCUAGAAUCUGAAUUGACAAUGUUCCAAACGAGCAAAAAGAGAAUUUCUGCGCUAUCGUCACUGAAUGGGUUGAAGCAUACAGGUGAGAUGGAAGAAUUGCAAACCAGUGGCAGUUGUAGUAAGAAAACUACAGAAGAUCAUAAUACAGAGGAGAAAUUUACCCAAAAAUUGGAUGCUCUGAAUAAAAGAUUAACAUUUUGGAACACAAGGCUGGACGAAACUGAAGAUGCCUAUGAGAUGGAAGUAAAGUCAGCAACUGAAUUUUUUAAUUUGAGUAUUCUGUUUCUAUUAAUUGAACUGGAAACUGUGGGAAACAUUCGCUUUGAAGAAGGCACGCCUUCUGAUCUGUGGUUCACUUCUUGCUAUGAUGUAAUCUUAUCGCGAUUCUGUGCUUGGGAUUUCAAAAGACUUGGAGUAACAGGGUUAAAAAUUAAUCGUAUAAUCAGAGUUCACAAUCGAAUUCUAAGGCUGAAAUAUGAGGAAAAGAUCCAUUCCAUUUUGAACAAAGAAGGAUCAUCAUAUAAAUCAGAAAACUACAAAAAGAUGCUGGAAUACCUUUUUUAUAUAUUUGAUCCAGAAAUAUCCAGUAGAAAGAAUGAAAUCCUAUGUAUUCUUGAAGAUGGCUUCAAAGAAGCAGAAGCAUAUAAGUUUCUAGGACGUGAUGAGGCAGUUCCUCUCUGCAACAGUAUCAGCUUAUGUGAACAACCCAGAAUAGAAUACCUGCAACAACAAGCAAAUGCCUGGAAUACAAAUUUUCUUGAUCCGGUACCUUUCAGAUAUGGUCAGCUGAUCAUUGCCAAAGUAUUCCUUGGUCAUAGUGUUCAAGCCUAUGAUUCAGACCAGGUUCAACGGUUAAAGUACCCACACGUAAAUUCUGUCUAUAGACCGCAGAAGAUGGAUGGCAGAUCUACCAUAGACAAAGGAAAAUCAAAAUCCUUAAAACUCCAUAGCAGCUGUGAAUGCAGUCUUCGUCAAUACGAGUGGUUUGUAUUUGACCAUGACCUUGUUGUGCCUGAAUACCUAAUCGACUUUGAAUACAUAACACAGAAUGAUCAGCAGAAAUUUUAUUCUGCUUUUUCUGAAAAUAAAACAUCUCAAAGGAAGUGCAGUAAAGCAGAGAUAAUGAUAACACAGCAUUCCAUGGCACUUGAUGAUGACAUUCUGAGAAUGGAACCUCUUGUGAAGCAAAAACCAAAAAUCCUAAGCCUGGAAGAAACAACAUUACUUUCUAUAUCUAAAGGUUCAGCAUUGAAUCAGAUCACCGUUCUGAAUUUACAUGGGCAUAGUCUGAGCAAACUAAAAGGAAUCUCCAAACUUACAAAUUUACAGAAACUUAAUGUGAGCUUUAAUGAACUUGCCCAACUGGAAGACCUAACAAACCUGCAACAAUUAAAAUACUUGGAUGCAAGCCACAAUCAUUUGUUAACAUUGGAUGGAUUAAAAGGAACGGAAACACUUAAAUAUUUGGACGUGAGUUGGAAUCAACUGACAUACAUUAAAGAAGAAAUUGGAGUCCUUCGUAAACAUGCUUCAGACCUUCUUACACUUGAUCUCCGCCACAACCCUUGGAAAAAGCAUGCAUUAUUACGGACGAUAGCCAUUGGCCAAUUAAAGGCCCUCACUUAUUUGAAUGGGUCCAUUGUAACACAGGAAGAAGUUACAGAAGCCUUGUGUGUAACUACUGGAUUUAAGCUAACACAGGUAUCUUUAUUGGCUUCUUCACGGACAGAUGAAGUGCCCCAUCGUAGCCUCAGUUUAAUGAACUGUGCUCAGAUCCUGACUCGGUUCAGCAAAAACAAGCCAAAUCUACCUGUGGACCAAAGUACAAGCUGGUUAUCUAAGAUUACUGCAUUAAAUUUGGAUGGGCAGAAUAUUUCACGGCUCUCUAACCUCAAUAAACUGGAGAAUUUGCGUUGGGCUUCAUUUAAUAACAACAUGAUUCGUAGACUCGAAGGCUUGGAUCAGUGCCUUAAUCUUGAAGAGCUUUCGCUGGAAGACAACUUAAUUACUAAACUUGAAGGAAUUUCAAAGCUGACCAAUCUAACUCGAUUGAAUCUUGGUAAUAAUCAAUUGAAAAGUUUGGAAGAUUCUGGUCUAGAUAAAUUAACACAUCUCCACCAUCUGUCACUUGAAUUCAACAAAAUUAUUUCUCUAAGUGGUCUGCAGAAACUAUAUACCCUAACGGAACUAUAUUUGGGAAACAACCGCAUACACUUCAACUCUGAGGUCUACCAUUUAAAGGAUCUGGAGAACCUUGUGAUUUUGGACUUUCAUGGAAACCCUUUGGUCGCUAAGCAGGAACAUUAUCGUCUCUUUGUCAUCUUUCACCUGCCUGCACUGAGGGCCCUUGAUGGAAAUAUAGUGGACCCACCAGAAAUUGAUAAUGCAAAAGAUUUGUUUGGAGGUAGACUUACUUCUGAUAUGGUUACAGAGACACUUGGCCAUUCAAACUAUUCAGAGCUCAUGAAGUUGGAUAUGCCUGAUAGUUCAAUCAGAUCAGUGGACCUUACACCUCCAGAGAAAUAUGGACGCUUGCAGAGAAUUAAUUUAGAACAUAAUAACCUCACUUCUUUCAGUGGCCUUAUCUAUCUUCCUCAUGUCAAAGUGCUGCAUCUAAACCAUAACCACAUUGAAACCAUAUUCCCGAGACAAAAGCCACAAAUUCACUUGACCAACAGACAACUUCUUCAACAAAAAGUGUCUUCCAGUGGCUACGGACAGCCAGGAAUUUCCAGAGGCAACAGCAGGGACACAGAUUAUGUGAGCCUUCCUCCAGUUAUGGAAAGUUUGGAAGUACUUCAUUUAGGCUAUAAUGGCAUCUCUAGCCUGGCACAACUACAGUUGAGUAGACUUACAAAUCUGAGAGUAUUACAUUUAGAUGGUAAUUGUAUUAGUCAGAUCGAAGGGCUUGAACGCCUUCAAUAUCUUACCAAAUUAUCGUUGGAACGAAACCGAGUCAGAAUCAUUCAUGAUAACUCGUUUAUCGACCAAUGCUCGCUGAUUGAACUGCAUUUAGAGGAGAAUAGGAUGCGAGACCUCAACAACCUAUAUCGAUUGGUAAAUCUACAGCGACUUUUCCUUGGUGGAAAUAAAAUCCAGGAUACAGGUGAACUGGAAAAACUUGAUUCUCUUCCAAAUUUGACCGAGCUUUCAGUUGUUGGAAAUCCUGUCUCUCGAAAAAUGUUAUAUCGUCCAUUCCUUGUGUUUCGUUUGCUAAAACUCCAGACGUUAGAUGGUGUGCCAAUAUCUACAGAUGAGAAAGAAAGAGCUGAAUUUCUCUUGUGUGAACACAAUGCAGCACCUUUGAAACCUGCAGUUGAAACAGGGUUAUCCAUAAUUAUGCCAUUAUUAACAAGGCCAAGUGCUCUGCGGGCAUCAAGCGGUCUUGGUAGAGGAUUGCAGCCUAUAACUGCAACUGAAUAUAAUCUACAUAAUUUUGGAGACUCGAUGCUACAGGAAACCACCAAAAACAAGAGACACAAGCACUUGGGAGGGAACCUGCCUAACACUCAAAAUUUGCAACCGGACAUUGUGUGCAAACAAUUAAAAAGUGUAGCAACCCAACAGUCUCCUUACGUGAAGCUGCAGAGAGGAAAUAUUCGGCAUACACGUACCUCAAUAUACACUCAAGAUCAAGAUAACAGGCCCCAUGUCCAUGUGGAAAGUAAUGAAGUUACUUCAGAACCCUUCAGGGGACACCACAACAGUGCUGCAAAGCCAUCUCGAAUGUAAAAAAACUCAAAAGGGGGAAGCAAUAUGGUCAGCUCUUUCUGCAAGGGGAGAUGAACAACUUUUGACCAGUGCCAAUCACUCUUAGCUAUUUGUAUAAUUCAUGAAAUAUCCAUUGAGACAUUUACUUUCAUAUAGAUUUAGCAUUUAUAGAAAUUGUUGAUUUUCUUCAAGAUAGCAUUGUAGAAUUUUGUAAACAGUCUAUAAACCUACUUCAAACAAAGUGGUUGCUUUUUUUCCAUCACUUACAAAUCUCUUCUUAAAGCUUAGGUAAAAAGAAUUUAGAAAAAUUGUCCAUUAUGUAAGAUUGAAUGAUUUGCUUUUCAGCGAAGUGAUACGUACCAUGACCUCCUCACAAAGUAAAGGUAAUUGAAAAACAAUUAACAUGACACUGGUAACACUGCAACAAUUAGUGCAUCACUUUAAAAAUGGCUGUAAGUUUUGAAAAAUAGGAUGUAUCUUUCAUUUAUCAAAGAAAAUGUGAUUGCACUUUAGGUGGAGUGUACAUUUUGUUUACUUUUCUAAUCAGUCUGCAUUAAAAUGCUGGUAAUUUACAACAAUUUUUAUAUGAGGUAUUAUAACUCACCGUGAUAUUUGGAAUACAAUUUGGAAUGAAAUAGUUAAUUGAAAUAAGGUUAGUUGACUGUCAAGUAAUUAUAUCAUGCAAAAAAAAAACAAUUAUAAGAGGCAUACAUUUGUUUGCUGGUAUGUAAAAAUAACUAAGGGCUGUUUUUAACACAUUUCAGCAUGUAUUUACAGGUCUGUAUACUUGCUCACAUUGAUAAUUGAUAUUGGUCUGUAUCACCUUUUGCCUGAAAUAUUGCUGUAGUUUUUCUAUAAACCAGUUAUUUUCUCCUUUUCUAGAAUGUGCUAUUUUAAAAGCCCUGUAUAUGUAAUCCUGUUUAAAUUAAGAUGAAAAUCCAUGGAUAUGCAGCUAAGUUUGAUAAUGAUAGAUUACAGUAACUUUAAUCAUUUAUUUUGUAUGUCUUCAAGUAUGCCUUGCGAAUGUUAAAAGCAUUUGCUGUGUCUUUUUUAAUAUGUUGCAGAAUUCAUUUGUGAAUACUAUAUUUUUUGUAAACAUAAUUUGUACUAUUGUUGAAAAAUGUCCCUUUUUAACUAAAAGCUAUUGAUUUAGUAUAAAGUUGAAAGUCCUUUUCUGUUAGUCUAUUUAUCCAAUUGUUGAAAAAAAUCACCUACUUUAAAACUCGUAAUUUCAAUGAUUAUCACAAGAUGUCCUCAUUGUUCAGUCAGAAAAAAAUAUUCUAAGCUGUGCUGCUGGCAAGCUGCUUUCACUUUUGUAGAGACCCAACAACUAGCGGCCGUGCACAUCAGUGGUUUUUGGACUUGCGUACCUUAGACUGCAGAAUGAAAGUCAAGGAGGUCAAAUGCACACACAUAUCGACCUUGGACUCUGAACUCCCCAUUAUAUCCAUGGGAAUUCUGCUGAGCCCAAGGGACAGGGCCCCUUUGUAUCUGACCCUUCCAGUCAUAGCUGUUGCAUCCUGCAUUUUUCUAUUUAUAUGAAUGUGGCUACCAACCUCUGUUUAAAACGUGAGUUUAGGCAGCUUUUCUAUUCUUAUAUCACUGUGCAUUUGAGUUUAAUUCACAACAAUUUAGUAAAUUUUAUGGUUUUUUUCCAAAUGUUUUCAAUUGAUUAUCAGAGACAUUUUAAUUAGCGAAAAGGAGUUGUGAGAGUGCAAAUGGUCUGUGGACAGGGUUUACUUUACAACUCCUGCAUUCUUAGUUGCUAUCUGGUGCCUCAGAAUGACUGGGGCUGUAACAGCAGGCUUGCAGGAGGGUAGGGGGGUGGGGAGGGGUGGGUGUCAGGAUGUCAACCAUGAGGCAUGGAUCUGGUCCAGCGUGACUCUGGGCAAAAUGUAUUUGGCAUAAACCCUAUGUAAUUAAUAAACUGCUUCGAGGACAAAGUACUCCACCAUUUUGCCAUGCAUUAUAUCAGCUUGGUAAAAUAUUGCCAUCAUUAUUAUUAAUUGUGCUUGUGUUUUAACAUCCUUUAGUUCAAUUUGUAAUGCAAAAAAAUGGGCUCAAGUACAAUUUGGAACAGCACUAUUCUACAAUCCUUUAAUGUGAAACUUACAGGGUUUUAAAUGUAAAUCACUACAAAUAUUUAAAUGUAUGCAUUAGUAAAACAAUUGGUUAUUUGAAAUAUUUGCUUUUUAUUAACAUGGGGGUCAUUUAUUUAUUAAGACAAAUAGUAAAUUGUGAAGUAUUUUAACGUUAAUUUAGCCAGCUUGCUUUCUACCGGCUCCAGCCAGAAUGCUGUGCUUGAGACAAGUCGUCAGUUUUUCCUCUUCUGUAAAAUGUUAAAAUGUUCAAUAGAACAAUCACAACUGUAAUUUUCAGAUUCAAUUGAUAAUAAAUGUUGCAAAUCCAUGUUGAAGAAUUUUAAUGGUAAGUGGUAAUCAUUUUAGUGUUAGUGUCACACCUUAGCAUGACCUCAUGAUUUUGUCUUUCAAUUAUAUAUUAAAAAAACAAAUUUGCAAUUUUGGUCUUCCUCUUCUUGUGUAUGGCGUGCACAUCCUAAAGUUGUAGAUCAAGGGUAGACAUCCAGGCCAGGACAGCAUGAGUUACUGGGUGGAUCCUUUGAUGCCCCCAGGGAAAAGCCCCGUGAGCAGUCAUUCACAACGUGUGGGAUGGUCUGGUCUGGAUGUCCGCAGUCGCAAGCAGGGCUGUCUGUCAUCCCCCACAUGCAAGUGAUGGGCUGUUCUUGCAUGGAGGGUGCGGAUUCUGUUCAUGAUUAUGCAUUGCUUGCGAUGGAGGUCAAAACCCGGUGGUUUCACUGUGGGGUCUGUGAUUGACCUCUCCGUUGUUGGUGUUGGCAUCUUUCCAGGCUCUGCACCACGCGGUCUUGCGCAAACAAACAGCAAUUUCGGUGGGCAAUAUC